AUGUCAGUUUCAGAACCAAAUAUUAGUGGAAAAGUUAUUUUAAAAACUACAUUGGGUGAUAUUGAGAUUGAAUUGUGGGGUAAGGAAACACCUUUGACAACUAGGAAUUUUGUGCAGUUAUGUUUGGAGGGGUAUUACGACGGUUGCAUUUUCCAUAGAGUGAUUAAAGAUUUUAUUGCACAAACUGGUGAUCCAACAAACACAGGAACCGGUGGCGAAUCAGUCUAUAAGGAGACCGAGAUCCAAGACAACGAAGGUGAGUUAAUAAAAAGCACUGCAUUUAAAGAUGAAUUCCACUCAAGAUUAAGAUUCAAUAGACGUGGUAUGGUUGGAAUGGCAUCUUCAUCACCGGAUCAAAAUAAAUCGCAAUUCUUUUUCACGUUGGCUAAAACUGAAAAUCUCACUAAAAAACACACUGUCUUUGGUAGAGUGGCCGGUGAUACCUUAUUCAAUCUUUUAAAAGUUAAUGAUUUAGAAGUUGAUUCUGAAACAGACUUACCUCUAUUCCCACCUAAAAUCAUUUCAACCAAUGUUGUCUGGAAUCCAUUCCCUGAUAUAAUUCCAAGAGUUAAAACUAUUAUUAAAAAAAAAGUUGAAAAAAAGAAACAAACUAAAAAAAAUUUAAAUUUAUUAUCUUUUGGUGAUGAAAAAAAUGAAGGGGAAUUUGAUAAUUCAAAAAUUAUCCUUAAUAAUAUUGGUAAUAAUAAUAAUAAUAAUAAUAAUAAUAAUAAUAAUAAUAAUAAUAAUAAUAAAAAUAAUAUAAAAUUAAAUAAUAUAUCAAAAGAAAUAAAAAAUAGUGGUGGUGAUAGUGGUGAUAGUGGCGAUAGUGGUGGUUAUAAUUCAGACGAUGGUGGUGACAAUAAUAAAAAACAAUUAAAAAACAACCCAGAAAUUAUGACAGAGGCUGUAAUCGAAAAGAAUAAAAAAGAAGAUGUUGAUGAAUUAAAGAAUCUAAAAAAUGAAAUAGAUUCAUCGACUCUAUCUAAAUUAAAUACUACAACAUCUACAACAUCUACAACUACCACAACCAUAACUACAACACCACCAACAGAACAAGUAAAACAAAGUGUAGAUAAAAAGAAAAAAAUUAAGGGAUCCCUACAAUUUAAAACUACAACAACACCAACAGUCCCCAAAAAAUCAAGAUCUAUCUCGGAAACUGAUGUAUGUACAUUUUAUAAUAAUAAUAAUAAUAAUAAUAAUAAUAAUAAUAAUAAUAAUAAUAAUAAUAAUAAUAAUAAUAAUAAUAAUAAAAAUAAUAAUAAUAAUAAUAAUAAUAAAAAUAAUAAAAAUAAUAAUAAUGAUAAUAAUAAUAAUAAUAAUAAUAAUAAUAAUAAUAUAAUUAUAAAAGAUAAUGAUUUAAAUAGUAAACCAAGUAAUAUAAAAAGAAGUGUAGAAGAGAAAGAAGAGGAUGAGGAGGAUAAUGAUUGGAUGCGUCAUUCUUUAAAAUUUUCAAAAAAAUCUAAAUUAGAAUACGAGUAA